CGCAGUGCUGUUCUGCUAGCAAGUAUGAGAAAAUUAAGCUUAAUAAUAUUGAGUUUAGCACUUUUGACGAUAGCCAAGGCAUACAAAAAUCCACACUAUGUUGCCGGCCGCUCGGUGAACGUGCAUCUCUUUGAAUGGAAGUGGGAUGAUAUUGCUGUCGAAUGUGAAAGAUUUCUGGGACCUAAAGGUUUUGGAGGGAUACAGAUUUCCCCCCCAAAUGAAAAUGUGGUAUUAUGGGAGUACAAACGUCCUUGGUGGGAGCGCUACCAGUCGAUUUCAUACAUAUUGGAGACCCGGUCGGGACAUGAACAACAGUUAGCUAGCAUGAUUCGACGGUGCAACGACGCUGGAGUCAGAAUUUAUGUAGAUGCCAUUCUAAACCACAUGACGGGUGAGCCUCCUUCGAAUGUAGGUACAGCGGGUAGCACUGCAAUAUUUAAUCAGUGGUAUUAUCCCGCCGUGCCGUACAGGAGGGAGCACUUUAAUUAUCCACUGUGCUCUAUUGCCGAUAGUGACUGGACUCAAAACGCAGCCAAUAUCCGGAAUUGUGAAUUUAUAGGAUUGAAAGAUUUGAACCAGGCAAAUGAACACGUGAGACAAAUGAUUGUCGACUUUAUGAACAAGCUCAUUGAUUUGGGAGUUGCUGGUUUCAGGAUUGACGCAGCAACGUUCAUGUGGCCAGAAGAUCUUCGUGAAAUUUUUAAUCGUCUUCAUAACUUGAAUACCGAUCACGGAUUCCCUCCUAAUGCUCGGCCUUACAUCUAUCAAGAAGUCAGUGAUUACGGCGAUAACAUCAUAACUAGAGACGAGUAUACUCCUAUAGCAGCAGUUACCGAGUUUCUAGCUGGAAAAGAAUUGACUAAUUGCUUUAGAAGGCGCAAUCAACUCAAAUGGUUGAGUUCUUGGGGACCGGAAUGGGGUCUCAUGGCUCACGGCGACGCUUUAACCUUUAUUGACAAUCACGAUAAUGAGAGAACUCUGGGUGGAGGAGGUGAUAUCUUAAACUAUAAAGAACCCAGACCAUAUAAGGGUGCUAUUGCGUUCCUUCUCGCACAUCCGUACGGAGAACCACAGAUUAUGAGCAGUUUCAACUUCUGGGAUAGUGAAGUUGGGCCGCCUAUGGACAGCAGUGGAAAUAUCAUAUCUCCCGCUAUUAAUUCGGACGGGUCAUGUGGCAAUGGCUGGGUGUGCCAACACCGUUGGCGUCAGAUCUUCAACAUGGUAGGCUUCAGGAACAUAGCGGGAGAUGCAGGAUUGAACGACUGGUGGGACAAUGAGAGUAACCAGAUUGCUUUUUGCCGAGGCAACCGUGCCUUCAUCGCUAUUAACAAUGACAUUUGGAAUCUAAAUGAGAACUUACAGACGUGUCUCCCAGCGGGUAGUUACUGCGACGUGAUAUCGGGCAACAAGGUAGGCAAUUCGUGUCAGGGCAAAACCGUCACAGUAGGCAACGAUGGCCGAGCGCAGAUCAACAUUGGAGCGCUUGACUUCGAUAUGGUUCUAGCCAUACAUGUUGGAUCAGAGAGCCGCCUGUAAUCUUGCUGAAGAUAUGGAAGGACUGAAUUUGAAAAUAUAAGCUAGCUAUAAGCAAAACUUCAACAUAGAUAUCAU